AGUAGUCAGUAGAAGAAGAGUGAAGCUGCGAGCUGACAACUGACACAGACCGUGUCGACAACUUCCUGCAAUGCUCCGCUGUUGCUAUGCAACCUGUCAACAACAAACAGAGUCGCUAGCCGCCAGGCAUGUCGUCGGGUUACUCGGCUAAUCAGUAUGAAAAUGCUUUCAACUCGCAGAAACUGCAGAAUUGGACCGUACCGAAGCAUUUCAAGGAGAGGCCCUCAGCAGCAGAGGGUCACACCAUCUUCAUCGCCAGUGACCGAGGACAUCUCCUACCGGGAGUGAAGGCUAAGCGUGGCAGUGCGUGGCCUGAUUUUAAGGGGACAUGGGAGCUGCCUGCUCGUCUCCCUCCUGCCUCCAUCAACCCCAUGGCUCGCUCUGAGGAGGGCAGACAGCGUCUCACACACACAUACACACAGUCACACACACACUCCGGACUUGACAUCCACACACACAGGGCUGCCAAAACCACCACCACACCAGCCGCAGACGGGCAGACAGAAGAGGUUCAGACCUGCAAUGCCCCAACCUCAGAGAGACCAGUCACAGGAGAAAGACCAGUCACUGGGCAAUCAGGUCGUGGGGCGAGACCUUUGACUCAAGCCUCAGAGAGAGAGAGAGCAGUGCCCACCCUGACACACAGCAAGAGGAGAGAGCAUCUACUAGAGGGAACACCUCGGCUGGAGAGAGAGCAGCCACUAGAGGGAACACCUCGGCUGGAGAGAGAGCAGCCACUAGAGGGAACACCUCGGCUGGAGAGAGAGCAGCCACUAGAGGGAACACCUCGGCUGGAGAGAGAGCAGCCACUAGAGGGAACACCUCGGCUGGAGAGAGAGCAGCCACUAGAGGGAACACCUCGGCUGGAGAGAGAGCAGUUAGCCAGGGAGAGAGAGAACCUUCUACAGCUGCCCAAGAGAAUCACACACAGGUUGACUAGUAAACAUUUCUACCUCCCCAUCUCUUUCUCUCUCCAUCUUUCUCUCGAGCAGAGUCUCACACCCAGAAUAUAUUUUGUUUCCUGAUGUACUGAGUGCUGUUCGUUUACUGAUGUACACUAACAGAAUCAUACAGCAUUAAAACUCUGUAAAACCA